UUUCAAAAUCAUGAUCAAUGUUUUAUGAAUCUCAGCUCAAUUGUCUAUUAUAAAAGAAAUAAUAAACUUUAUUCAAAUUGAACAGUCCAAAGUCUUUCUUCUAAUACACUGAACGACAGACAUUCAAUUUCUGCCGUAACAAUGACACUAAAAAACACUCACCUGAAAAGGAUCAUAAAGUUUAUAGUGUUAACUGAAUCUCGAAGAGCGCAGUACACUGUUGGGUAAUGAUGCAUGUGUGGGGAGUAAAAAAGAAUUAAUAUUUGAUGAAUUCAAUUAUCACAGUAAAUGCAGAAGGGAAUGGAAAAGAAUUGGGUCACUUUAUUACAUUGCAAGUGUUCACAAUAUACAUGUAGUGCACUGAUCCAACUGUUUUUCUCAGUUUCUAUGAUUAAUGAUAGGCGGUUUCAAAGGAUGAUGGUAACGAUAAUGGUGAUGGUGGUGGGGAUGGUGGGUGUAAUGAUGAUGAUGUAGGGACAGUGAUUUUCCUUUUUACCGGUAAAUAAAAUGGAAAUUCCAUUUGGUUCUUUAUACUUUUCAUGUAAAAAUUCAUGGAAUUUGCCUUUGCAAAAUGGAAUUCAGACUUUUGCUGUGUACAUUUUCAGUGACAAAACGGAAUUUCCAUUUUUAGAUCAAAUUAAAACGGAAUUGCAGAUUUUCAGAAACGGAAAAUCACUGUCUCUAAUGAUGGUUUUGACGAUAAUGAUGUUGGUGAUGGUAGAGUGUCGGAGAUGAUGAUGAUGAUGAUGAUGAUGAUAAUGAUGAUGAUGAUGAUAAUGAUAGUGAUAAUAACGAUGGUGGUGGUGAUGAUGAUGAUGAUGAUUGUGAUGAUGAUGAUGAUGAUGGUGGUGAUGAUGAUGAUGUUGAUGGUGAUGAUGAUGAUGAUGAUAGUGAUGAUGAUUAUGAUGAUGAUGAUGAUGAUGAUGAUAAUGAUAGUGAUAAUAACGAUAGUGGUGGUGGUGAUGAUGAUGGUGUAGAGGUUGUGGUAUUGAAGGUAGUGGCAGUGUUACAAUAUAAAACCAUAGUAAGCACUUGCUUAUUGUGAUAAAAGUUUAAAAGUAACAGUUCCUGUUAAACUGUGUUUUGGAUGAGCACUUGAAAACCCCAUCUUGCGUCCUCAAUGAAAGAAUAACACAUGUCAAUAAAUCUCACGUUUUGAUUUUCAAAAUAUGUACCUAUAUAGGCCUACACAUGAAGCACUGUUAAUUGUUAAUCUGGUCAUAUGAGAUGCUCAUCAAACAUUUGCAUGUUGUGAAUGUGGUUUUGUGCUUUAGAAGUUCUGAUAUGUCAGUAAACACUUACGGUAAUACAAAUAUGAAUGUUUAGAGUAUAAACUGCUGUGACCCCAAUAUGACCUGUCAUGUACAGAUAUAUGCAGGCACACUGCACAGAACUGAAUUUGAACCCUAUUUAACCCUCAUUUGUAAUGUCCUUAGUCUACAUGUAUGCUAUGGUCUCCAACAAAAAGGAAGAGAUAUAUUCAGCCACUGCAAUAUUUUAGGUGUACCAGGUCUGGGCUUGAUUAGGCUAAUUCCUAUUUAAUCCAUGAAAUUACAACCAGGGAUUUAUCACAUGAGCAUUUAUGAUUGAAUUUAUACUUCUGAUUAUUUUUUUUUCAAUUUUGUUUGUUGUUUUCCCAGCUGUAUUUGAAUUCCUUCAUAUUAUACAGUCAUGUACUAGGCCUAUGUACAUGUUGUAUACUUUGUCAGUUAAUAAUGAAUACUUGAAAUACAGAAGAUGUAUCACCAUUACCCAGAAAGAAUUGCGUUCAUAUUUAGAUUUUCUUUUCAUGAUUGGCAUUGUUUUAAACAGCUAUUCUAGAGUGAUAUCCUGUUUCUCAAACCAUUCCAAUUUUCUCAUACAACUCAAAUCACCUGACUAGUAGAAGAUUGGUGGCUACUACAGGAAGUACUCAACAAUACACAAUUAUUGUUACAUACUUCCUACAUGUAAGCCAUAACUUCUGGGGAUUUCUUACACAGAAUGGUGGCAUAACCAGGGCAGCGGUUAUCAAAGUUUUUGCCGUGAAUAAUCUACCGUAAAGUUGUUGACAUCAUGGCAUCCUAUCUGGAUUUAUUUGUUUUAGACUUGACAUUUUUUGUUGAUUCACCAAGUUCUCAGUGGUAUUUAAUUUUCUCUUUAAAAUCAUUGACCUUUACCAGAAACAAUCCAUAGAUCUAUGCAAGAUCUAUGUUCAAUUUUAUUAAUUUCAUUUAAUUGCAAUGCAUUUGUAAACCAGGGAAAAAAUACACGGGGGCUUGGGGCCAAUUCUUCCCCAAAAUACCCCCAAGAGCCCUUGAUAUCUAAAAAAGGAAGCCCCCAGAAAGUUUUACUUUAUUUUUCAUCUGAAAUAUGCUACAGAAAAUUGGUCUGCUAAAAGACCUACAUGUAGUUAAAGAAAUGCAAUGCAGACAUGCAAUCCAUUUUCUUUUUCUUCUGAAAAGUGCACAGUACUUUCUCUAUCACCGAUUGACCUUAUUAGAGGAAGCACUUUAUAAUAGAUAAGAAGCUGUUAUCAAUCACAAGGUGUAGUAUUAAACUGAAUAUUACAUUAAUGAAUUGGUCAAGAGCCCAUUACUGAUAGAAAUGUGACAUUUUUGUUGAUUUAAAUUUCAGGGAAACGGGACGCAGUGUUUAAUUUUAUGCUCAUUCUACUUCUAUCUAUCUCUCCCCUCUCAUUUUUGUCUCUCCAUCAUUCUGUCAAUAUCUACCCCUAUUUUUCUGUUUCUUUCUCAUCUUGCUCUCUCUCUCUCACUCACUCCCUUCCACCCUAACCCCUCUCCCUCUCACACCCUCUCUCUCCUUUCACCCUCUUUCUUUCUCAAUUAUCGACCUCUACAGGAAGCACUUCAUAGAGAACAGAUGCUUGAGCAGAAGCUGGUUGCGUUACAGAGGUUGGUAUCGUCUACGCAAGAGGCAACGGACAGUAGCUGGCAGGCCCUCAUCGAUGAGGACAGGUUACUCUCAAGACUAGAAGUGGUAGAAAAUCAACUCAGGGCGUAUUCUAAGGCGAACACGGAGGAGAGCAUAAGGAAGGAGCUAAUAGCACUACAAGAAGACAAGUCCAACUAUGAAAAGACUGUCAAGGAUUCAUUGAAGAAAGCCCUAGAGGAAAAGCUGGAAGCAUGCAGGAAGGUUGCAGACACAGAGCGGAUGUUGAGCAACUCGGAAGACGAGUGUGCGCACGUCAGGGAAGAGCUGGAGAACCUAAAGCAGGAACAGGAAAUGCUCCUGGAGAAGUAUUCCCAGCUGGAAAAGGACAGCCAGGAGCUGCUCCAGAAGAUGAACGAGACCGACCGGCUCCACGAUGAGGAGCUGGAGCGGUUGAAGGAGGAGCAGGGAGAAGUCCAGCAGAGGCUGAUUGCGCUGCAGAUAACCGAGAGUACUCUGGGAGCCAGGGCGGAGGAGCUCCAGGCGGAGAACGACUUCAUCAAGGACCAACUCAUCUCAACAAAAGAACGUCUGGAGGAAGCACAGGAUGCUCUGAAGCUUGUCGGUAGUCCACAGACAGAGGGUGAUGUGAGCAGUCAAGACCAAGAUGAAAAGAAGGAUGAAAAGGAAGCUCCAACAGAGGAAAAUAAUGAAGAGGAACCAGCUAAACAUAAAGCAGGUCCGGGGCCUCCAGUGGAAGGUGAUGAAAUUCCAGUACAUCACAUAUCUCUAUUAACAAACGGUGAUGACAGGACGCCCACUCGAGAGUCUGGUGUUCAAGUGGAGACCAUGUGGAGGGAAGCCACCAAAAAGGAGAUGAAUGGCAGGGUGAAAGAUGCAACAGAUGGUGCUAUGUUGGAUUCUGUGAAAACUUUGAAGAAUACUGCAGAGGAGUCUGUCCUUAGACAAGUAUCUAGAAAGAAAUUUGAACUUGAAGAGGCGGAGCAGAGGAUAGCGGGGAGCAACAGGACGAUAGCCGGUCUCAAGAAUGAACUAAGUCAAGCCCACCAGGAUCUUGAGAAACAUAGUCAAGAAAUCAACUCACUGGAGCAGCGGUUGCAGGACGCCGAGGAGCACACCAGGACGGCCGUGGAGAAGGCCGUUGCGGAACUCAGGGAAAGACUAUCCCCAGAGGUUGGCACUGAUAGCCAGGACAAUGAUUCAGAAACCUCUAGCAUACAAACAUUAAUUGAUGAACCUAUGAUAAUGGUCAAGGAACAAGAAAGGCAACUGGCAGCAGCACCGGACGGGGGUAUAUCAAUGACGAAAGAGUCGUCGUCAACAUCUUUGAAUUCCUCGAGUGAUAGUGAUGGUAGACUUCAAAAUCAUGUACAAGACGAUAGUGCAAACUCCUCAGGCUUAAAUGAAACUCUGCUAGAAAUUGACACCUUGAAAGAUGAACUGCAUACGUUAAGACAGAAGUACAGUCAACUAGCUACAGAGAAUGAAUCAAUCAGCAAACAAUUACAGACCACUCAACAGGCGGCUAAACUAGCAACAGAUAAUGCUACCACCUUGAAAGGUAAAUUGGAAGAAGCAGAAAAGUCAUCCAGGGCAGUCACGGCCCAGCUACCUUCAUUACAAGAACAAUUAAAUAUGGAAUCGGGGCUAGUACAGCAAUGUCGUCAGGAAAUUGAAAGUUUAAAAAAAAAUUUAGCAGAGGCUAAUCAGUCAUCUAGCAGUAGUAAAACAGAGCUAUCACAAUGCAAAGAUAAAAUCAUAACCCUCUCAGGUGAUUUGGAAAGAGAGAAAGAAGCGAGACAAAAGCUUGACAAGCAAGUCACCCAAAUAGCAACCCUGGAAGCAGAGCUAGACAAGGAAAGGAAGGAGAAAACUGUACUAGAAGCUAAAGUGAAGCAACUGCAGAAAAGGAUAGCAGAGCUUGAAGAAUUGGAAAAGCAAAGGAUUAUAGAAAAUGAUAAAGAUACGGCAACGUCUCCAUCUGAAAGUGGUGAUCUCAAAUCAGCAGUCUCUUCUUUGGAAGCUGACCUGGAAAGUUCAAGGCAAGAAAAGAACGGUCUGAAGGAAGAAGUUAGCAAACUUCAAAAGCUUCUGUCAGAAUCUGAAUCGGCAAGAAGGAAACUAGCCGAUGCUAAAUCAGAUGGUAGCAUAGAGACUGUAGACUUCAAAGCAGAAAAGGAAAGUCUACAAAAACAAUUGACCAAAGCUAAUGAGGAUAUUGAGCGAUUGCGUAGUAGUCCUAGUCCUAGACCCCAAGACGUGGAUCUACUGAGGCAGCGCUUAGAGGCUGUUACACAAGAGUUGAACAGAACGAAGGAUAAUAAUGCAAUGGUCCAGAUGAAGUGGUUACCUGUGUGUGUGAUCAGCAUAGCCAUCCUGGCAGCUGUGUUUCAGGCUUUCCUGGCCAUGCGAGUAGAGGUAUGACGUCCAGUCCUCGUAUGCAAACACAUCCACCCACAGCCGUCACAAAUAAUGAAGUCCAUGCCGUACUCUGUGAUCCUGCCAUGAUACGUACUACGAGGAGCCUUUUCUCGUGUCUCUACUGGUCAAUUACUUUUGUAGGAAAGACGAAGCACGUCCUGACUGAAAAGACCCAUUUUCUGUCCAAGUCAAGAUUUUCUCAGAAGCCGCUGUGUAUUGAUCCGAAUGCUACGUGUAGAUUUAAGUCAUGGAGCUGUUUCACGAGAGUUCAGUGUAAAAUGCCAAUUGUGGUAUUCAAUGUAUGAUCUUAUUUAUCAGAAGCACACAUCCUCUGAGUCUGAUCUCACCAAUGGGUGAUUUCAAGUUCAGUGUUGACCUUUUGGUGUUGGUGUCAGGUUAAUUUUAACUCGAGUAUAACACCAAACAUAAAAUGAAGAUGGUCCUGAAAAGUCACUCACUAGUUGUUGAGAUCAAUUUUACAAACUCAGAAUAGGUUUUGGAGCUAGGGGAAGCAAUCCAAAUUUCAACACCAAUGCCAACACCGGACUUGAAAUCACCCAAUGUGAUGAUGCGGUAUGCAAUCAAGUCUGUUUUAGCCAAUCUCUGUAGCAGCCACCUGCCUAAUAAGGUCACAUUUUGGGUUUCCCCUGGGUGGUCUGGGACUUUAAGUUUGAUUGAAAGUCACACUCAGACCGUUUGCGAAACAACCGAGAGGAAAUUUUCUGGUCAUAUUUCACUGAAUAUGUAAAACAAAUCCAGGCUCCUAUCAGCUAAAAUUAACUUUAUUAACAUUUUCACAUUAGAAAAUGGCCUCAAAGUGACAUGUAGCUUUUUAGGUUAUGUUGGUGAUUUUUUUUGUGGAAAGAAAAUGUUUGGGUGUCGUUUUUGUCAAUGAAUUGUAUGAUUCAAUUAUGAUAAUUCUAUUUCACUAGCAUUGCUGCAUCAAUGUUGUAUGAAACUUUGUCAGUUGUAGUUGGAUUUUCUUGUAUCCAUGACAUAUCACCCACGUUGACUGUAAAAUAAAUUAUGAGUAAUUCAUACUUUUCUCAUUUUUAGGAUAUGGUAUUUGUCCUUCAAUUGUUAGGGAGCUGCAUUUAUUGGAAUUUGAUUGUAUUUCAUCUGGGUCCCAUAACACAAAGGUUAGCGAUUCAUCGUACGCUUGAUUUUUACGAUUGAUUGUACAAUGUAGUCAAUGGAAUCAAUCGUAGAAAAAUGUUCUACGAUCAUUGCUAAGCUUUGUGUUACGAGCCCCUGGGGUGAUUCACACAAAGAGUUUUGGGUGAUACAAAGUCAUACUUAAACAUCAAUGUGCAUAUGAUAUAUACAGUGGUGCUAGAAAGUUAGUGAACCCCACCGCAAAAUGAACUCCUUCAUGCCGAGUGUUGAACGUAGACAACAACAUUACAAUGUCCGGCAAGCCCACAGAAACAAACGUUAUUGAAUGUAAUAUUUUAUCCCCUGACUUAACAAUUAACUAUCUAUAACGGGGCAGAACUUGAACACUUUUAAAUAUUUUCAUUUUCUGGUGGGGAUCACUAACUUUUUAGCAUCACUGUAUAACAUAACCUCAUUUAUGAGUAUGCAGGAGUGUGGGUCCACUGGACAUGAUCUGACUAUUGACUAAUGAGGUGAAAAGUCAUGUACAGCUUGGGAAUGUAAGUGUGAUUUUCAGUCACAAUUAAGUCUUUAUGAAACUACCCCUUGGGCCUGUUACAUACAAGAAAAAUAAGUUUAUCACUGUGUUAUUGUCAAUUGCAUAAUUUUGUUUGCCAGAUUUUUUUUUUUUAAGGCAAAAUUUUUAUAGUGCAGGCUCUUCUUGUCACUCUCUUUGGUAUUCAGAAUAUUAUGCCAUCUUUAUAUUGGGGACAAAUAUUCCAACUGACAAGUAGUUAUAAGUGCUUUGCUAAAACUUAAUUGAACCAUUGGUUGCAUGAAAAUUAUUUUAUAUAUAAAAAUAAAUGCCACCCAAAUUUCCAUACUUUCCAUUUCUAUGUAAUACUUACU